AUUAUCAUAGAAUUAGACUAUAGAAUAUAAAUUGGUAAAUUUCAGAUUUGUAAAAAUAAUGUCGGGAGUUGCAAACAGAUCUGCUUUGAAAGACAAAGAUGAACUCUACAGAUGUAUAAUAAGUCAGCUUUUGUACGAUGGUCAUCAUGACCAGGCCCUUUCUCUCAUUCAAGUCAUAAUGCCAAAUCCAGAAUGCCCUCCAUCCGGGAGACUUCUCAGUGUGUUCCAAAAAGGACUCCAUGCCGAAUCUGCAGAGAAAGCAGAACAGGAGAAGCAGACGCAAAUAAGCCAUGUGGUGUUGGCGCCUGGUGGGACGGUGGCGCCAACCGCAUCUAGUGGAAUCGAUCUGGAGUACGAAAGUGAUGUUCUCAUCAUGACUCCUGAAGCUGUAAAUUACGACACUGUGUAUGUCACAAGUCACAAAGAUCCCUGCAAGACUACAGGAUUCAGUUACGACGGUCAGUAUGUCGCUACGGGAUCAGUUGAUGCUUCCAUCAAGCUUCUGGACGUUGACAAAAUGCUGAUCAAAGGAACUUCAGACGCCGCCAAUGAGUCAGCAGAUCAACAUCCGGUCAUCAAAACUUACUACGAUCACGUGAAUGAAAUCACCUGUAUCAAGUUCCAUCCAUUCGAUACCUUUAUGGCUUCAGGGGCGAAGGAUAAGAUGGUAAAAGUAUAUGAUUACUCAAAAACUGCGAGUAAAAAAGCAGUGAGAACUUUGGAAGACGUGGAACCUAUCAAAGAUGUUAGCUAUCACCCGGGAGGCGAGUGGCUUUUAGUAGCAUGUCGUCAUCCUGUAUUGCGUAUGUAUAAUCUUGAAAACGGUUCGUGUUUUGUGGCCGCGAAUCCACGAGAGCAUCACACGAAAUUCGUAAACGCUGUCGACUACGCUCCCAAUGGCAGAUUAUAUGCGAGCGGAGACAAAGCGGGAAAUAUCAAAAUCUGGGACGGUGUAUCAAGCAGAUGUAUUCAAAAUAUACUCGGCGCGCAUGGAGGAGAGUCAAUUUGUUCCGUUCGAUUUAGUAAAAAUUCAAGAUAUCUUUUAACUGCUGGUAAAGACUCCCUAGUCAAACUUUGGGAGAUCGGAACUUCUAGAGAUAUAUUGACAUACACAGGAGCCGGAUCUCAGAAGAUGACCAAAAGAGUCCCUGCGGUGUUCAACCAUACAGAGGACUACGUCUUUUUCCCAGAUGAAGGAGCCACUAGUUUGUGUUGCUGGUCUUCGAGGAAUGGAGAACGGAUGAGGCUGCUUCCGCUAGUCCAUUCGAGGUCUGUAAGAUUCAUUGCGCAUUCACCUGUUCACGCCGGAAUGAUGACAUGUGGUGAUGAUUACCGAGCUAGAUUUUGGUAUGCUAAACCUCUGGAGUCGUGAAAAACGUCUUUGCAUAUCAAACUCUCGUGAAAAAGAAAUAAACCACUUUUGAUUAUACCAGUGAUCUGUUUGCUUUAUAUUGUUUUUUCUAAGUUAAACUUGUUUUUUUUCUGA